AUGGCCACCCCACCGGAUAGAGGCAGCUGCGUGGCUUGCGAGAGGCCAGAUUCGGCGGAUGAUUUCGUCCAAUGCGACGAAUGUGAUGCAUGGUUUCAUUUUUCUUGUGCGGGCGUCACAGAUUCCGUAGCUGAUCGUGCUUGGGUCUGCUAUACGUGCCAACAGUCGGUAGGACCGACCGAGCCACUAAUACCUACCGAACCAUUAGUUCCCACGGAACCACCAGAACCCCCCAAUCCGGCCGAACCAGUGAUCCCGCAAGUACUCACGAAUAUCUGGCCAAGAACAUCAAUUACGGCCAACAAUCUUUCUUGUCUGAAAGAGCGACAGACAUUGGUGAGGCAGCGAGUAGAAAUUGAGCUCCAAAAGAAGUUUCUCGAGGAACAGCAGCAGUUGGUGGACGAUUUGAUUGCGGAGGAAGAUAGCAGAAGCCAAGUGAACGAACAGGAACGUAUUCGAAUCCAGGAUUGGAUCAGGGACAGCGCGGAUGUCGAAGAAGGUGCCGUAGGUGAUGAGGAAAACUUACGUCGUGCAUCGCGAAUUCAGCAGCAAAUCUCGAAUCCAGCAAUGAAUCGUACCCCAAACAAUGACUUGGUGAAAGCAGUGCGGGAAUUGGAAUCUCGUUUGAACGGAUGUCAACAACAGCUCAACCCGACGCAGGAUCAAAUGGUUGCUUUGAUGGAACAAUUGGAAAUCUGCAAGCGGCGGAUUGAAAGCAUGCAUCUCGCAGGAUCAGAGCAGCAGCCAUCUGUGUGUACGUCAAGAGUUCCAAAUCGGCAUAGCUUCCAAUCGAUGACUCAAAGCCAACGGGUGAAUACGUCUACCCCGCUACAGGUAAGACCGUUAGGUGCGAUUCCAAAGCAGAAGCAAUCGGAACCGGUUGAACCAGCGGAGCUUGAAGGGGCACGCGUUGGAAAGUGUUCGCAAUCGUCUUGUCCUGCCAUCAGCGGUACCACACGUCAUCGAAGCUCUUCGAUUGCGGUAUGGUCGUCCGGAAGUCCUCAGCUGCAGGGAUUGAUUGAAUACGGGUUAGCGGUGCAGGAACUUUGCGACCACAUCGAAGCGGCUGACCAGCAUGAUCAUCUGGCGAACCCAACGCUACUCCAAGAACUCGUCAACAAGUUGCCGGCGGAUCAGAAAAUGAUGUGGACUGCUUACAAACGGGGGCUCAACGGAGUAAACUUGAAGACCUUUGUAGACUAUAUGACUGGUGUGGUGCAAGAUGCAACGAGCGUGGUGAUGUACGAACCGGAUCAUAAGAAGAGCGGCGGUAAGACGAAGGAUUACGUGAACUCUCAUGUUACUGACAUAGGACUACCAGCGUCGUCGAUGAAAGUAACGAAACCUGGUGAAUGCAUCAACUGCAACAAGACAGGCCACAAGAUGCGGGAAUGCGAAGCAUUCAAAUCGCUCAGCGUAGACGAACGCUGGAGGCGAAUCCGAUCGUUGGGGGUUUGUCAAAUCUGCCUUUUCGGACAUGGGAAACGCUCCUGUCGCAGCGAAAGUCGGUGCAACGUGAGUGGUUGCCAGUACCGCCACCAUCCGUUACUACAUGGAAGAUCACCGGUGCAGUCGAUUCCCAGGGUAGCUGAAAAUUACACACAUAGCUUUUUCGACUCGAGCGUUCUCUUCAGAAUUAUUCCCGUUACGCUCCAUGGCAGCUCAGGACGCGUGAAUACCUUCGCGUUCUUGGAUGAAGGAUCAUCGCUGACGCUCAUCGAAGGUGGACUAGUAGCUCAGCUAGGAGUAAGGGGAAGAUCGCAACCACUUUGUCUGCGCUGGACCGGGAACACCUCUCGGGUGGAGAAAAACUCACAGGUAGUGACGGUUGUAAUAUCCGGAGUAGGACAGAAACGGCAGUUCAAACUGGCCAAUGCGCGGACAGUGGGAAAUCUAAACCUACCGAGUCAGAGUUUCGAUUACGACCAAGCUGCUGAGCAACAUCCGUACCUGAGGCAACUUCCAGUGCAGAGUUACCAGGGGGCGGUUCCAAAAAUUCUCAUCGGCCUCGACAAUUUGCGGUUGGCGUUGCCUCUGAAGGUACGCGAAGGGGACGGAACAGGUCCGUCUGCAGUGAAGACUCGAUUGGGUUGGUGUGUGUACGGGCAGCAGAAGGAGCGGCUAACCGAAGGCUACAGCUUUCAUGUGUGUGAGUGUGAAACCAGCAGCGAGUUGCAUGAAACGAUCAAGCAGUUUUUCGCAGUGGAAGCAAACGGAGCGAUACCGGUCCAAGCCAGUUUCAACAAGGAAGAGGAACGCGCACAGCGGUUAUUGGAGCAAACUACAAGGCGUAUCGGAGCGCACUUCGAAACGGGACUGAUUUGGAAGCAGGACGACAUCAAUCUUCCCAACAGCUAUGCCAUGGCUGUGCGUAGGAUGCAAUGCCUCGAGCGUAAACUAGAACGGGAUCCUGCGUUGAACGAAAACUUCCAUCGGCAAAUCCAAGAAUAUCAAAACAAAGGUUACGCCCACCGAGCGAUGCCAGAGGAAUUGCAGAAAGCGGACCCAGGAAGAACGUGGUAUUUGCCGUUGGGCGUGGUAACCAAUCCUAACAAACCCGGAAAAGUGCGCGUUAUUUGGGAUGCUUCGGCGAAGGUUGGUGGCGUCUCAUUAAAUAGUAUGCUGCUUAAGGGCCCGGAUCAGCUCACGGCGUUGCCAGCGGUCUUAUUUCGAUUCCGUCAGUUCUGGGUGGCGGUAAACGCAGAUAUAAAGGAGAUGUUCCACCAAAUAUUUAUGCGAGAGGAAGAUAAGUGCGCACUCUGCUUCUUGUACCGGAAGGAUAAAACGCAGCCACUGGAGGUGUUUAUCAUGGACGUUGCGACCUUUGGUGCAACCUGUUCACCUGCAUCGGCACAGUUCGUCAAGAACUUGAACGCAAAGGAGCAUGCGGAUCAGUUCCCACGUGCCGCAGAAGGUAUCCUACGCAGCCACUAUGUUGACGAUUAUUUAGAUAGUUUCGGAACCGUUGAAGAAGCGAAGAAGGUAGCGGAAGAAGUGCGACAUGUACACCGGAACGGAGGAUUCCACCUACGUAACUGGAACUCUAACUGCGAUGAAAUCUUACGGCAUCUGGGAGAGACCAAGGCAGUCGAAUGCAAGAAUCUGUACAUGGGAGUUGGCGAAUCAACGGAACGGGUCUUGGGCAUGCUGUGGAAGCCUUCUACGGACGACUUGUGCUUUUCUACUCGUAUGAGCGACGAGGUGCGAGAUCUCAUCGCAAGCGGUAACGUGCCAACCAAACGACAGGUGCUUCGCUGCGUAAUGACACUGUUCGAUCCGCUUGGGCUACUUGCUCCGUUCCUGAUACACGGUAAAGUUCUGAUUCAGGAUUUGUGGCGAGCGGGAACCGAUUGGGACGAAGCUAUUGGGGAUGCUGCCUACGACCGCUGGAGAAGAUGGGUUGAGAUGAUUAAAUUUGUAUCGACUGUCAAAGUCCCGAGAUGCUACUUUCCACGAGCUACAGAAGAUACCUAUCGAGGAGCGCAACUACAUGUUUUCGUCGAUGCAAGCCCUACGGCGUAUUCAUGUGCCGUUUACCUGCGCGCCAAGGAUGGAGACGGAGUGAUACGCUGUGCACUGGUUGCUGGUAAAGCUAAAGUUGCCCCUCUCAAGCCCAUGUCGAUUCCGAGGCUUGAGCUUCAAGCCUGUGUUCUCGGAACGCGCGUUUUGAAAUUUGUGCAGGAAAACCACACGAUUCGGGUAGAAAAGAGAGUUCUAUGGACAGACUCUACCACAGUAUGGCACUGGAUACGAUCGGACCCUCGUAAUUUCAAGCCCUUCGUAGCCCACCGAGUGGGAGAAAUACUGGAAAACACGAAUGCUGCGGAAUGGAAGUGGAUACGGUCGCGUUUCAACUCCGCCGACGAAGCGACCAAAUGGGGAUGCGGUCCGUAUUUUUCGGACGAGAGCAAGUGGUAUGACGGACCAAAGUUCUUACAUAGACCUGAGCAGGACUGGCCAAGUACAUUACCACCGUCCAUGAACACCACAGAAGAGAUUCGAGCAUCGGUGUUGCACCAUGCUGCGGUCGAGCGGAUCAUCGAUUAUGAAAGGUUUUCGUCAUGGGAUCGACUACACCGCACUCUAGCCUACGUUCUACGCUUUCUGCGCAACGCUGCCAAGAAACAGCCAAUAAGAAAAGGACAACUGGAGCAGCACGAACUCCUUGCAGCAGAAGUUACCAUCUUGAAGCUUGUUCAAUGGGAAUCGUAUCCUGACGAGAAGAACAUACUCCAGCGGAACGAAGGCCUGCCGGUUAACGAAAAGAAGCCACUAGAUAAGAGCAGUAGGAUCUAUGAAUUGGUUCCAGUGAUCGACGAGGACGGAUUGCUACGACAAUACGGUAGGAUUGGAGCAGCUAAAGGCAUCAGUUAUGACAUGUGCUAUCCAGUGAUUCUGCCCAGAGAACACUGGGUAACUAGACUGGUAGUCGAGAAGUACCAUCGAAAAUAUCGUCAUGCCAACACGGAAACUAUCGUGAACGAGAUUCGGCAAGUAUUUGCUAUUUCGAAACUCCGUUCGCUAGUUAAGAAUUUCGCACGUUCCUGUAUGAUGUGCAUACUACGCAAGGCGCAUCCAAAUAUCCCGCCAAUGGCACCGUUGCCACCAGCACGACUGGCCAUUCACGCACGGCCGUUCAGUCACGUGGCAUUGGACUACUUCGGGCCACUGCUAGUGAAAGUCGGGAGAUCCAGCGUCAAGAGAUGGAUUGCACUAUUUACGUGCCUCACAGUGCGUGCGGUACACCUGGAGGUAGCAUUCAGUUUGUCGACGUCUUCGUGUAUAUCCUGUGUGCGGCGCUUUGUUGGACGGCGUGGUUCACCGAUAGAAUUCAUCAGCGAUAACGGGACCAACUUCCAGGGAGCUGAACGCCUGCUGCGGGAGCAGAUAAGCCAGGGACUGUCAUCAUCGUUUACCAAUUCAUCGACAAGAUGGACCUUCAUACCUCCCGGUGCCCCACACAUGGGAGGCGCUUGGGAACGACUUGUGCAGUCUGUCAAGAAAGCCAUGAUGGAUGCGUAUUCUGAGGGGAAGUUGGAUGAUGAGGGAUUACAAACACUGGUUGUGGAAGCGGAAAGCAUCGUAAAUUCAAGGCCUCUGACCUACCUGCCCCUGGACUCUGCGGAGUCAGAAGCAUUGACACCGAACCAUUUUUUAAUGGGAAGCUCAAGCGGUGCAAAUCAACCGAAUGUAGUACCAGGUCAGCCACAGCAUCGUUUGAAGGAUAUGUGGGAUCAAAUCCAGCUAAAGCUGGACCGUUUCUGGUAUCGCUGGACUGUGGAGUACCUGCCAGUGAUACGGAGACAAUCGAAGUGGUUCGCGGAGGUUCGGCCACUACAAGAAGGUGACUUGGUGCUGAUAGUCAACGACAGCGAGCGCAACAACUGGAUGCGUGGACGGGUAGUUCAGACGUUCGUAGGCGCCGACGGUAGAGUUCGACAAGCUAAGGUGCAAACAUCCGGAGGCAUUCUACGUAGACCAGCGGCAAAGCUUGCUCUGCUGGAUGUAGGCUCUAGAAGUGCAGUCUUCACGUAUCCCAAGAUGCACCCGGGGGAGGAUGUCGACGCAGCAGCCGUGGAGUUGGCUGCACUGCCGACCGAUCGUAACGGGAGUGCCCAUUGCUACGGGACUGCAGCAUAA